AUGGCUCAAAAUGCAGAUCCUGUGCUGACUUUUUGCCGAAAUUACGCUUUCACCUUUUUGCUUCUCUGUUACCUCUUCUACAUGAUUAUUGGUGCAGUUAUUUUCAUGGUGCUUGAGCAACCUGAGCAGAACUCGCUUGUUGCUGAAGUACAUGAACUUCGGGUGAGGUUUUUCGAGAACAACCAGUGUGUGAAAGAAAGUAGUUUGGAUCAUUUACUGAGGAAGGUUCUCUUUGCUGGAAAACGUGGGGUAACUGUAAAGGCUGGUAGUGAAGAGUAUAAUUUCGACUUCACUUCAUCACUGUUUUUCGUCAUAACUUUUCUGACGACUACAGGUUAUGGCACCACUGUUCCACUGUCAGAUGAGGGCCGGGUGUUUUGUAUGCUUUACUGUGUCUUCGGUAUUCCUCUCACAUUCCUGCUGCUCUCCUGCAUCACCCAUACUCUGGUGCCCAGAUUGAGUCAUGUUCCCAUACAUCACCUUCACAUCUACUGGGGUCUGUCUCACAACAAGGCUGCCCUAAUUUACUGUGGAAUAUUAGCAGUGUGCACAGCAACUCUGUUCUUCCUGCUUCCUGCUGUCAGUCUCUGUCUGUUGGAGAAAGACUGGAGCUUUCUAGAGUCAUUCUAUUUUUGCUUCAUUUCACUCAGUACCAUUGGGUUGGGAGAUUAUCUGCCUGGACAGACACACAGUCGGGCUGCGCGGCAAGCACUGGAAUUCGCCACUUCCUGUUACUUGGUACUCGGGCUUGUUGUCUUGCUGGCCGUUAUGGAGAGCUUCUGGCAGCUGCAGCAAGUGCAGGCCUUGGUGCAUCUCUUUGUUGGGUCUACAGCAGCUACACUAAAAGAAGAAGGUCGUGAUGAGCUAGCGCUCAGUGAUUGGCCAGGCAACCAUGAUAUUCCAACAGCGGACAUCCAGUUUAGGCCUCCUAUCUCCAUCAUCUCACAUCACAUGUCUGACUCAUUAACAAACCCUUUUGUGGAGGAUCCAUGUACACCAUUUACACCACAAGUGGCAAGUUAUGAGAAGACCGUGCGGCCAUCAAACACUAAUCCAGACCCAGCUGAUCAAAACAACUGA